CGGGCCAAUGACCAAUUAUGUCACAAUAUCCUCUCCUCGCACACACUGCACAGGGCAGUUUUCCCUGAGCGUGAGUGUAUUUUCGCGCAUUAUAUGAGUGUGCACUUUACUUGAGUAGUUUUGAAUUAGCAGUACAAAUGGGCCCUUUUGCGUUGGCUGUUGACGCGAAGAACACAUCUUCAGAUUCUUGCAACAGGAAAAUGAGGGACCUUGUGAAACCGAAAAGAAAGUUCUUUGCCUCAGUCAAUGUGAAAGAUGAAAACCCUUUCGAUUUUUUGCGAAUAUUAUUUGAGGGUUUUAUAGCAGGCGGUACAGCUGGUGUUGUGGUUGAAACUGCUUUAUAUCCUAUUGACACAAUAAAGACACGACUGCAGGCUGCACGUGGUGGAGGUAAAAUUGUUCUCAAAGGUUUAUAUUCUGGACUUGCUGGAAAUCUUGCUGGGGUUUUACCUGCAUCUGCUGUUUUCGUCGGUGUUUACGAACCUGCCAAGCAGAAACUCUUAAGGAGCUUCCCUGAAAAUCUCAGUGCUGUGGCUCAUCUGACUGCUGGUGCACUUGGAGGCCUUGCUGCUUCUUGCAUUCGGGUCGUUAAGCAAAGAAUGCAGACUGGGCAAUUUGCUUCCGCACCUGAUGCUGUCCGCCUUAUUGUUUCCAAAGAAGGCUUUAAAGGGCUUUAUGCUGGAUAUGGAUCUUUUCUGCUGAGAGAUUUGCCGUUUGAUGCGAUACAAUUUUGCAUCUACGAACAACUCAGAAUAGGUUAUAAACUGGCAGCGAAGAGAGAUCUGAAUGGUCCUGAGAAUGCUGUAAUCGGUGCUUUUGCUGGUGCUUUGACUGGAGCAAUAACCACUCCUCUGGAUGUGAUUAAAACUAGGUUGAUGAUUCAGUAUAAAGGCAUUGUUAGCUGUGUCCAGACUAUAGUGAAAGAAGAAGGCCCCAGGGCUUUACUCAAGGGAAUUGGGCCAAGGGUGAUGUGGAUAGGCAUAGGCGGGUCGAUAUUCUUUGGUGUUCUUGAAAGCACAAAGCGCCUCCUUGCAGAGAAGCGUCCCAAAAAAUCGGGUGAGUCGCUUUGAAAGAUCGUGCUUUCAUAUAUUCUUAGGAGUUUUGAUUCUUUUAGGCACAUAUGGAAUAAUUUUGUUCACAUUGUCUUAGGACAUAAAACCAUGUACAUUGAUAAUAUAAGCAGUUAUGGAGUUAUUGAGAUCAUUGUUUAUUUGAGCCUAACACAAAGAUAAUCAAACCCAUAUGAUUAAGUCUAGGUAUUUCUUCUGAAUAUACAUGUGUGACAAG